AUGUCACCAGCACACACCAAGAAGGCCGGCGAUGGCGCACAGAAUGUCAAGACCUCCUCGAAGGAUGCAACCCCGAAUGGUCCUCCCAGUGAGACCAAGAGUCGCGACGACAGUGCCAAGGACGUGAAGAAGCCCCAGAAUCCAAAGAACAUCAACUACUAUCACGGCCUGAAAGUCGAGGAGCCCGAGCAUGAGCCAGAGUCAGAGUCAGAGCCAGAGCCAGAGCCAGUCGGCAAGCCAAACCCAACUACUGCCGCAGUAGUUGACCCAAAUAUCCUCACCAAGGCCAAGAAGCGCCGCAUUCGCCGAGCUCGAGUAGCAGAACGCGAUGCAGGUUCUGGUGAUGGUGAGGCUGGCGGAGCCAAUCCCGUUGCCUCUGACACGAGUGACGAGGAGCAGAAGACAGAGCAGGCCGAGAUCAAGCUUCAAACUCAUCGACUGAAAUCGGAGAACACCGCAUCACCUGGAUCCUACGAGAGCAGCGACGACGACGUCUCGGACCUCGAGCCUGAUCUCGAGGAUGACAAAGAGAAGACCGCCACCGAGACCAAGGAGCCAGAAGUCCACUCUCCCCCGGAGAACAAGGACGACGACAAAAUCCUCAACCAUGCCAUCAAGAAGAACAAGAUCAUCAAGGCAAAUGCAAAGGCGUCCGCAAGCCAGAUCACAGACGACUUUGUCCUCUUCGGUGGCUACGCCUGCCUCAUCCUAGCCGUCAUUGCGCAGUACGGACUCGAAUCACUCUCUUUGGCUCAGAUGCUCCUCCUCGUCGGGACCGUCGGUGUCUGCGUUCCGCUCGAGUGGUUCGGUGAACUCGUUCAGGUGAGGAAGGUCGAGGUCGAGAGGCAGGGUGUCAAGGGAGGAAGCCAUGAGGAUGCAGGAGUGGCCGGCGAUGGGGAGAAGGUCGAGAUUCCUGGAGAGAUGGAUAGCGAGAAGCUUGAGAAGGUCCUUGACAAGGUCCGCACUCUGGUCAAGACUCAUGGGAUUGGAUAUGGGUGGUUGGGUGUCAUUAUGGCGGGACUCGUGAUGAGGAUCAUGGACAUGAAGAGCAGCCCGGCGUUGGCAGGUCUUGCGUUCUCGGUCGGAUGCAUGGCCUAUCUCUCUGGUCGAGACUUGGCUGCAUAA